GGGAAGUAGUGAGAGCCAUGCUGUUACAUUGUAUCACACAAAGAAAGACACAGAGAGAGCCACACACACAGGAUCCGCAUACAGUGACAGUCCGCAAUGCACGACGAGAUAAAACUGGGGGCGUCUUACAUUGUAAGAUUGCUGAAUCGUCAUCAAAAGCUCGACAAUAAGCAGGUCAACACUUUCAUUGAGACUUUGUCAUCCAUCCUGAGUGAAAGGUUUGAAGGACACUGGUACCCAGAAUGCCCACAUAAAGGACAAGCCUACAGGUGUAUACGGAUAGAACAGAGCACCGUUGUGGACGACUCAGUAUUGCAAGCAUGUGUUCGGAGUGGACUACGAUGCUCGCAGCUGGCACUGCCAAAAAACAUGUAUCUGUGGAUCGAUCCUGAGGAGGUCACCUGUCGGUUGGGAAAAAGCUGUAGCCCAUUUAAAGUGAAAAUUCCGGAGAUAAAUGUAACCAAGGAACCCUCAGAUACAGAUAAAUCAGAUCUAGAGACCUCCGACUAUCAUUCAGAUUGCUCAGACACAUGUGGGACUCCCUCUGAGAGCUCCAGUGAGGAUGAAGAAUCCGGGGGAAAUAAGGAAAUUACUACAAUGAACAAGUCAGAGAAAAUGGGUGCACAGUAUUACUACAACCCGUCUCCAGCAUCUGCUGUCUAUUACAGUUACCCCAGGAAUACAGUGAGUUUUAUACCAGCAUACCAGCCAGUGACUCUUUAUUAUCUGAUUCCCAAACCAAUCAAAUACUAUCACGGAGGCAAAUCGAGAGGGAUGAACCAAAAAUGGAAGCCAAACAGGACUGCAACCAAGAAAACAGUAAACUGAUCUUGCUGGAUAUAUCAACACAUAGCCUCAUGGUAACCUCUGAAGUUCAAAGCAUAAGCUAUUCAUCUACAUGCGGAUGGUGGGUUCUUCCCACCAGACAGCUACUCUCUUAAGUUAAAGGUUUUCUGUGCAAGUCCUUAGGGACAAAGUCAUGGAACAGAAAUUAGCCAAAAACAAGCUUUAGACUGCUAUUUCUGUAGUCCCGGAUGGUAUUUGAUUUCCAUAUUUCUAUGGUAGGUGGUAGUAGCAUUACACUGUGCAUCUCAUACACUUUUCACCCUUUUAUGUAUCCACUACAGUGCUUAGAGUUUAAGGGGCAUCUAAGGUCUAUUGUGUUGGAGACCCUAAAAUGUGAAUACAGCCCCAAUUUGUCUUGUCAGAUAGCUGAAUUAGGAGACAAAUGAUCUCGUCUUCAAGAUUUAGUGAAUUGAGGCAGUUAUCUCAAAUGCAGGAGACUCAUCUCCUACCUCCGAGGCUCAGUGAAGGUUCCUAUCCUAUCUACGUAAGUAGGGCAAUCCCGGGCACAACAACAGUUUCACAGGUCUAGUGAAGAGAGCCUUUUGUCUAACGUCCUGCCAGAUAUAUCCUUUUUUAUAAGGCACAGAAGGAUUGCCCUUCUUUAAGGGCAGAGGAUUGGCCGUUGUCGCUUACCUACUGCAGGCUGAGCUUCACAUUUUAGGUUCAUCAGGCAGAUCCCCCCACUGGACUGUUUAACUAGUUAUGCCCCUCUAAGUAUCAGCCAGGAUCUUGACCUAAACCUGCACAGGCAUCUUCUCUUCUCCCCAAUCCCGCCCCCAAGGAUUGCCGGACGAUCCUUUUCUCUCAGGAAUCACCAGACAGUUCUCAUGUUAUUAAAAAAACUGUGACACUCCUUUUUUUCUAUAGCACAUAUGAUAAAUUGGAGAAUAAAAUUAAAUUACUAUCAGUAUAACUAACUCAUAAUUAAAGACUUAAAACUGUGACUUAAACAUAUAUGGCCUGGUACAUAAAGAACCAGUUCACAGGUAGAAUAACAGAGAUAUGUGGAACACAAAAGUGCAAUCUACCUCCUCAGUGCUCAAAGGUUUGAGAUGAGCUUUAAACCUCAGAGUGUCAGAAGCGGUCUAUUAAAACCCGUCCUGGAAGUAUGCAUGUUGCAAUCUGUAUAUGUCCAAGUAUUUAUCCUAAUCUAU